AUGGCUGAAUUUGAUGAAAAACAAUUUAGCCAGAAAUUAGAAACUGCUGAGAAAUCUUUGCAGGAAUUAUAUCAUAUGAGAGACCACUUCUUUGAGCUAUAUCCCGUUAAGCUCUCGGAUAAAAAGUAUUCUAUGCUCCGAGAAAAGAUGUCUGCUCUUAUAGCAAUUAUCGAUCAGAUUCAAGAGCAAACCGACUUUAGACUGCAAUCGAAAGAAUAUAAAUUUAAAUGUAGUUACAUUAAAGGCAAAGCUCUCAAUGUGUUGCCCGAUUAUAGUGACGAAGCUGAAAAAGCUUCAUCUUUAGCUGUUAAAUUAGAUCCCACCAGUAUCGAUGCUUGGAAUAAUUUAGGAGAAUGUUAUUGGAAGAAAAAAAAUAUGGAGGCUGCUAAAAAUUGUUUUAAUGAUGCGAUAACGAGAUCUAGAAACAAAGAUUCUCUACGAAGAUACUCAAUGGUACUGAGGCAGCUGGGCAGUGAUACCUCGGAAAAAUUUAAAAAUAUUUGCGAAUCUGUCGAUAUUGCAAAAGAGGCAGUUUCUCUUGAUGUCUCCGAUGGCAACUCAUGGCUCGUACUUGGUAACGCCUAUCUUGCUCGCUUUUUUGCUGGUGGCCAAUCACCGAAAAUACUGCAGCAGUCAUUAAGCUCAUAUUCUCAAGCUGAUAAAGAUUCAUCAACGGCCCUCUGCUCGGAUUUACAUUUUAAUAGAGCAACUGUAUAUAAAUAUCAAGAGGAGUAUCAAAAAGCCAUGGAAGGAUACGAUCGCGCUUUACAAUUAGAACCAACGUGGACUCAAUGUAAAGAGCGUUUGGAAGACAUAACAUCUUAUCUUAAGAAAAUUAUGGAAUUUAUUGAGACCAAGGGUAAAAUUAAGCAAAAAAGGUUAACCGCGAUGCUCCAGUCUUUGACCGAGAAAAGCCUCGGUCCUUUCGCAGGUGGCAAUUAUAGUAGUCCAUCUGGAAAAACAAUUAAGUUAAAUCAUAUUCCCAUAUCUGGUAUACGUCCCGGUAUUAACAACGAAACAGUAAUUUCUGGUAAAAUAUUAGGGAUAAUAUCGUAUAUUGAACCGGUUCCUUAUGUAUUUAUUAUGGCUGAUUCUGAGUGCGAUAUCGUGGCCGUGUCUGUAUAUAAUCUGGCAUCAAAUGCAUCAUUCAACAUUGGGGAUGCAGUUGCUAUACCGGAACCAUACGUCCAGACUAAUGAUUUUAGUUUUCGCGAGCAGCAUUUUAAAUUUGUAGGGGUUCGUGUAGAAAAUCCAGUUGUCAUGGUAGUGAAUGGUAAAAAACUGCAUAGAAACAGCCUCUCUCCAAUGUUUUUAUCAAUUACUUCCAAAAGCGAGUGA